GUCUAGAAUACUAACACAGCCCUUCUCCUCACAGACCCACACCUUGUUGCCUAAUCUCUCAUUGGAAAAAAUGGUGGUGAAGGUGUACGGUCCUGCCUAUGCUUGUCCAAAGCGAGUUCUUGCUUGCCUUAUUGAAAAGGGCAUCCAAUUUGAAGCUGUUCCUGUGGAUCUCAUCAAAGGGGAGCAUCGAAGCCCUGAAUAUCUCAAGUUACAGCCUUUCGGAGUGCUUCCUGUAAUUCAAGAUGGAGAUUACAUCUUAUACGAAUCAAGAGCAAUCAUGAGGUAUUAUGCGGAAAAGUACAAAUCCCAAGGAACUGAUUUGCUUGGAAAGAACGUUGAAGAGAGGGGAUUAGUGGAGCAAUGGCUGGAGGUGGAGGCCCAAAACUACCACCCUCCUAUUUACGAUUUGACCAUUCACAUCCUAUUUGCUUCGGCUCUGGGAUUUCCUGCUGACGAGAAGAUAAUAAAAGAGAGUGAAGAAAAGAUAGCAAAGGUUUUGGAUGUUUAUGAGGAGAGGCUCUCAAAGAGCAAGUACUUAGCUGGAGAUUUCUUUAGCCUGGCUGAUCUUAGCCACUUACCUUUUACCCAGUACUUGGUGGGUCCCAUGAAUAGGGAGCAUAUGAUUAGCAGUAGAAAGCACGUGAGUAGGUGGUGGAAUGAAAUUAGCAACAGGCCAUCUUGGAAGAAGGUCCUCCAACUUUGAGACACUGCAUGUCUAUGUAUGGUGAUGGAUGUGUAUGAUAAAUAAAUGUUGAAGACUGCUCUUUUCUUUCAAUAUUUGUUUUGUGUUUUGGGGUAGGGAGAGAGAGAUAAAGAGGGGGUGGGCAUGGACAAUCUGCCUGGUUGGUGUUUCUUAUGAUAUGUA